AUGGAUAUGGGAUUGACUCAAUUAGGAUUGGAUUCUCUUUCUUUAAUGGCUUUGGCACAGGCAUUGAAUCAAAAAUUUGAAAUUAAUGGAAAUAUUGGAAUAACUCCGGCAGAUGUUUUUAUGAUUGGAAGGGCGAAGGAGUUGGUUGAGUUGGUUAGCCAAAAAUUGGAAAAUGAGGAGGAUGGCGAAGAGGAAGACAGUGAAGUGGAGGAAGAAGAAGAUAAUGAGGAUACCGAAGAAGGAGAAGAAAAUGAAGAAAGUGAUACUGACGAGGAAGAGUUCAAUGAAGACGAAAAGAGGGAGGAUGAGGAUGAUAAUGACGAAAGGAAAGAUGAUGAGGAAAAUGAAAGGGAAAGUGAAAAUGAAGACAAAAAUGAAGAGGAGGAGAAGGAGGAUAAUGAGGAGGCUGAAGAGGAUGAGGAACUCGAAGAAGAACGGAAGUCUGAAGAUUGUGAUGAAGAAAACAGAGAUGAAGAAGAAAAAGAAGCGCAGAAUAAAAAUGAAGAUAGAGAAGAGGAAGAUGGAUAUGAAACGGAAGAUGAAGAAGAGGAGGAAGAAAAUGAAGAAAAUUUGGAAAGAGACCUUCCUGUCUCUAAAGAAGAAACCCAAAAUUUUAAACUCGCUAGAGAAUGUAUUUUUACUGUAGAAGAAUUUAAAACGGCACGGAAGACUUCUAAUGAAAAUCCAAAUGUUUGGAUUGAAAUUUCAAAUAAAAAUAAUUUUGAAAUUAUUUUUAAAAUUAAAAGAAAAGAUGAAAGGGAAAUAAGACAUUCAAUAAAUAUGAAAAAUAUAAAAAAUAAUCAAAAAUUUGAGGAAAAUGUGGAGAUGCUUUUUGAGAUGAUUUAUCAAGGAAAUGGAGUAAAAAUGGAGAAGGAUAAGACAUUCACCAUUAAUUUAAAUCUUCUAAACAAUUCAAAAAACAACAAAAUUUUUGACAAAAUAAAUUUAUUAAAAAUUCAUUCCAAUGCUAUUUUGCUUCUUUGCCGUGCCCUUUUAUUAAUUAUAAAUAAAUUUCAAAUAAAAAUAAUAUUACAAUUAAUAACAAAUGAAGAGAAUGAUCAACCACCUAUUUUUGCUUACCUCAGAACAUUUUUACAAAAUUUUCAAGUUGAGAUGGGAAAUGAAUUUUUUGAGUUUUUUACCUCUCUUAAUUUGUCUGAAUGGCAUUUUAAAAAAUUUUUGGGAAAAUUAAAUUUGGGUAAUAAUGAUGAUUGGAUGCCUCAAGGUACUUGGCUUAUUACUGGUGGAACUAAAGGGAUUGGAUUGGAGAUAGCCUACUGGUUAACUAAACACUUUCCUCCAUUAACUUGCUUGAUUUUGUUGGCACGGACUAAACCCAAUGAUAAAGAUAUAUUUUGGCAAUAUUUCAAGCAAAUGAGCAAAAAAUGCCGCGUUGAGCUUAAAUUAUGUGAUGUUACCGAUGUUGAAAGAAUGAAAGAAAUAUUUAAAAUGUAAG